AUGGCUGUACCGGGACGUAAAACUUCUGAUUUAGCAGAUUCAAUGUUGAAAGGUUCAGGAGAGGAUUUCGAUCACAAAUGUGAUCCUUGCUUGACAGAUGAUCAACAUGUUGAAGCUCAUGGAUUUUGUGUGAACUGUCAUGAAUAUCUUUGCAGAAAUUGCUUCAAGUUUCAUCAGAGAACUAAAGCUCUAAAGCAUCAUGAGCUGUUGGACAAAGUUAGUAUGGCGAAGAAGGGAGUGUCGACCGCUGUUUCAACUACUGAGGUUUUCACAGAAAGAUGUAUGACACAUGAAAACGAAGUCAUCAAGUUUUUCUGUCCUACACAUGAGGCGCUUGGCUGUACUGACUGCAUAACCAUGGAUCAUAGAGCGUGUAAGAUUGACUACAUACCCGAUAAAUGUGCAGAUAUCGGGGACAGUGAAGAAUACAGAGACAUUAUGAAGAAACUGGACCGAAAAGUAAAAGAGGCAGAGGAUGUUAGGAAUAAAGCAGAAGUCAGAGAGAAAGAGAUAGAUGCUCAGUAUCAAAGUGUUCUGAAUGAUAUAGCUAAAUUUCGUAAAGAAAUAAAUGAUCGUUUAGACCAACUUCAAACCAAAAUUACUGAAGUCGCUAAUAAAAGGAAAUCCCAAGACAAACAGAUAGUUAAGGAAGCCGUCGAUACAUGCACUAACAUUUCAUCUGAUGUUAAGAAACUUCAGACCAGUCUGCAAGAUAGCAAGUCGUCAAAUCAAAAUGGGCAACUAUAUAUUACCAUUAAGCGAGCGAAAUCGAAGAUUAAAUCGGAUGAAAUUAAAAUGAUGGAGCAGUCUUUAGAGAAAGUUAAUGUGCAAUACAAAUAUGAAAAAUGUAGAGAUCUAGAGAAGAUGCUGUCUAAACCAGACGGAUUUGGAAAACUGAGCUUUACAGCAAAUAUAGCUUCUCCAAAGAAAGAGGAGUCUUCAAAAAGUCUAACAUUUAUAGAUGAAAUAAAUGUAAAAGCAAAGUCGGAUAAAACUUUUUUCAAAUGCGACGUGUCAGGAUGUGCUGCUCUUAGCUCCAACAAAAUUGUUCUGAUUGAUGGUACCAACAACAAUAAACUUAAGGUUGUGGAUACAGACAGUAAAGCUAUUGUCCAAGAAAAAGUAAUUGACCCUCCACCCUCAGGGAUUGCUGCACUCCCUCAUGACCAAAUCGCAGUGACCGUGCAAGGUACCAGAGAAAUUUUGAUGAUGACAACAGCUCAUAAAAUUGCAACUGUCCGCAGGAUUAAAGUAAAGGAGCGGUGCCGAGAUGUAACUUACUGCCAGGACCGUCUUUAUGUCCUUUGCACAGAUCCAAACUGUAUUCUUACAGUAGAUAUGCAAGGUAAAGUUGUGGACACAAUACCUUUGGAAAAUGAGGUCUUUCAAGGAUUGGCACAUAUUAUAUGCAGUAAGAACGCCGAAUUACUGUACGUCAGUGACUCUGGCAGCAAUAGUAUUGUAAGUGUCACGUUAAAAGGGCAAAUAACUGCAAUCUACCAAAACACGGAAUUGUGUAGUCCGAAGGGGAUGGUGAUUUUGGAUGACGGGUCAUUACUGGUUUGUUGCUAUAUAAACCAUACUAUCCAUCGUAUCUCGGGAGAUUUACACGAAGGUCAAAAGGUACAAGAAGAUGUUAAAAACACAUGUUCCAUCUGUUACAAUCGUGAACAACAAAAAUUGUAUAUAACCUCGAUUAACAGUAACCUGUUGAAGGUAUUUAUUCUGAAAUAA